AUGGAUUCCCAGCGCUUGUUCUGCUGCAGCUGUCAAUCUGCAGAGGAUGAGCAGCGAGGCCGCGCUGAUAUUGGCGUACUCUACCGUGUAGAUCCAGAUGGACCAGCCGAGCAAAUUGGCAUCGAGACUGACGGGGAGAUUACCGUCGCCCAGUCGAGCAUGACCCCCGGCAUCGGGGACUUGAGCCAGGUGAAGGACAAGGCCGAGAGUAUGGCUGAAGGCUUUUUCUCGAGCUUGGGCUGGUCCAUGGAGGAUCCAAGCCAAAAUGUUGAUGAGCUUCAAAUUGGUCCGAAAAUGACCAGCUCUUCACCAAUUUACCAAUGCGCUCUCAUCAACAGCUCGCACGAGGAUCAGAAGGACAGCCUCGGAUGGGUGAAUUACAUUUUACACAGCACCUGGUCGCACACUCGCACCGCCCUCAACGAUUUGGCCAUCAAGAUUGUUUCGCAGGAGGUCAAAGCAGCGAUCCGGCAGCGGAACCUUCGCGGCUUCAAUAUCGACAUCAGUCUGAAGACGCACUUCGACAUCGGAUCUUCGCCACCUGUGUUGAAGAACAUCGUGGCCACACAUACCGGUGUCGGAAGUCAAGAAGGCAUUGAGCUUUUGACCAAUCUGGAAAUGUCGGCGGCGGAUGAUUUCCACUUUGAGCUCGCGAUCUCUGGUCGAGUCAGCGGCUUGCCGGUGAACACUUCCGUUGGCUUGAGAAGUUUCAGCCUAUACGGCAACGCUUGCGUUCUGCUAGCUCCUCUGAUAGACAGCAUGCCGAUCUUUGCCGGAGGCAAGAUCUACUUCCUCGACCUUCCGAACCUGCACAUUGCAUUCUUUGGGAUGCAGUCGGCUGGUAAGCUACUGGGCCCCAUCCUGGUGGCCGCCGUACAGACCACGGCGGAGCAGAUCCUGCAAUCCUUCGUGGUUCCAGGCAGGCAAGCUUUACCAACUUUGGGCUUAGUGACUCCUGUUGAGGUCGCAGCUUUGGUCGUGGACAACGGAAGCGGCAUGUGCAAGGCCGGUUUUGCAGGUGAUGAUGCUCCCCGAGCAGUUUUCCCAUCCAUUGUGGGCCGCCCGAAGAUGCCUGGAAUUAUGGUUGGCAUGGACCAGAAGGACAGCUAUGUGGGAGAUGAGGCGCAGAGCAAGCGAGGCGUUCUCACCUUGAAGUAUCCCAUUGAGCAUGGCAUCGUCACCAAUUGGGACGACAUGGAAAAGAUUUGGCAUCACACCUUCUACAACGAGCUGCGAGUUGCCCCAGAGGAGCAUCCCGUCCUGUUGACGGAAGCGCCUUUGAAUCCCAAGGCCAAUCGUGAACGCAUGACCCAAAUCAUGUUUGAGACCUUCAACGUCCCGGCCAUGUAUGUGGCGAUCCAGGCCGUCCUCUCCCUCUACGCGUCUGGCCGCACGACUGGAAUUGUGAUGGACAGUGGUGAUGGUGUGAGCCACACAGUGCCUAUCUAUGAGGGCUACGCCUUGCCGCACGCCAUCUUGCGUUUGGAUUUGGCGGGGCGGGACCUGACGGAGUACAUGAUGAAGAUCCUCACUGAGCGCGGCUACUCCUUCACCACAACCGCCGAGCGUGAGAUUGUGCGCGACGUCAAGGAGAAGCUUUGCUACAUCGCCUUGGACUUUGACAGUGAAAUGAAGGCUGCGUCUGAGAGCAGUGACAAGGAAAAGACCUACGAACUCCCAGAUGGCAACAUCAUUACCGUGGGGUCUGAGCGCUUCCGCUGCCCUGAAGUCCUCUUCCAGCCCAGCUUUGUGGGCAAGGAGGCGAGUGGCAUUCAUGACACCACCUUCCAGUCCAUCAUGAAAUGUGACGUGGAUAUCCGCAAGGACUUGUAUGCCAACGUGGUCCUCUCCGGUGGCACCACCAUGUUCCAAGGGAUCGGUGAACGCAUGACCAAGGAGCUCACCGCCUUGGCGCCUUCCACCAUGAAGAUCAAGGUGGUCGCUCCACCGGAGAGAAAGUACAGCGUUUGGAUUGGGGGUUCGAUCUUGAGUUCUUUGAGCACCUUCCAGCAGAUGUGGAUCUCUAAGGGCGAGUAUGAUGAGUCUGGACCGACCAUCGUCCAUCGCAAGUGUGGAAUCUACGUGCCAAUCGCACCCAUCCCACCGGUGAACUUGCUACCGAUUGCUACACCACCUCCUUUCGGGUAUGUGCUCGUGACGGUCUACCAAGCGCGAGGUGUUUUCGGUGGAGACUGGUCUUUGUUCAGCAAAGAAACUUCUGAUCCCUCCGUGACCAUCAAACUGGGCGGCACGUCCUUCAUUACAUCGUACCACACGAACACGAGCCAUCCGGUUUGGGAUCCACCGGAAUGUGGCUUCCUGCCUUUGUUUCACCAAAAUCAACAGUUGUAUAUCGAUGUCACUGAUGUGGACUUGGGCGAUCGUCGAGACCUGCUGGGGCAACACUCGGGCACGGUCCAACGUAUCCAUGAACGCCUCCAAGGCAAAGCCUGGUUGGAGAUGGAACUCACCGACAUCGCCAAAGCUGCUGGUGGUGACGAUCCUCCUCCGAUGGAGGUGUUGUUGAAGACAGAGUACUUGCAGGUGGUCAAAUUAGAUCCGCUCAUAGAACGAAUGACGGAGCUGCCCAAGGGCGACGCUCAUCAGUUUGGCGGCCCCCAUGGCCUAUCUGUGGACUAUGUGCCACUCUUGAGACUUUGCUCAGUCAAGUUGAUGGGCAUGGAGAGCCCUGAUGAAUGGGACGUCGAAAGUCUUCUUCAUUCGACUGCGUAUGUAACCAUUGAGCCCGGCCCGCCGCCCAAGAACUUCUUCAAGGAGAAGAAGGGUGGAGUUCUAGCACGAGGCUUGGAAGCCAUUGGACGAAGACUGUCUCUCUCUGACACCAGUGGUGGGACAUUGAAGCAGCCACCGAUGAAGAGCAAGAAGGCACGAGCCUGGGGUGCAGCUCAAGGUGUAGCUCCCAAAGGAAGCUACAUGAACAACGUCAGCGCACAUGCCCAGCUCAUGAUCGAACGGCUUGCCAAGGACCGGAAGAUGAGCUUUGCUGAAAUUGCAGAGAUCUCAGGACUGGCGGAAGCACAAGUACAAUUGUUGGUCGAGAUGCAACGUACUUUGCACGUGGUCUGGUACCAGUCCUUCCAUAGACUCCUUGAAUAUCCAGGUGGAAAAGUCACUGUGGAAGUCAUCCAAGAAGAUAAGACUUCCCUUGGCAAAGUCACCGUGGAUUUGGAGGAAGUCGAAGGAUCAGAGUCCAAGACCUUGGAGGUGAGGAGACCACUUUCAGGUCGACAGAUCUUGGUCUUCCACAUCGAGCUACAAGGGCUGGAGCGUGCCAGUAUGGCCAAGAGACGGGGUCACAAGAGCUACCAGGACAAUGCCUUUACAAAGGUGGGGCGCAAAGUCAUUACAGCGACUAAGACUCCAACGCGUCUCAAUUCCUUUAAGCGCGGCCGCUCCACGAGCUCGAACGACAACGACGGCUCCGUGUGA